CAGACUCACUGCCUUCUUUUCCCCCAGCGCUCUCUCCCUUCUUUCUCUCAGUGACUGCAGGCUGAGAUCAACAUAUAGGAUGCUGCGCCUCAGCUCGCUGUCCACGCUCCUCGUCUUGCUUCUGGUCUGUCCCCCCCUGCUGCCCGCACAGGAAGGGCGGGUACGUCUUGCAGGGGUAGGCCGGCGCGGGGAAAACGAGGGGCGCGUGGAGGUUUUCUACAACGGGGCAUGGGGCACAGUGUGCGACGACGAGGUGGAUCUUAACCUGGCGAAUGUAGUGUGCCGACAGUUGGGUUAUCAACGGAGCUUCACCUGGGCACACAGUGCCAGGUUUGGCCAGGGGGAAGGUCUGAUCUGGCUGGACAAUGUCCGCUGCCAUGGCUCAGAGCGCUCCAUUGCAGAGUGUCGCUCCAAUGGCUGGGGAAUCAACGACUGCACCCAUACCGAGGACCUGGGGGUCAUUUGCAGUCCCGAGAGAAGACCUGAUGUUCAAGAAAUCGGAGAAAGCCCUCCUUCUCCAAGGAAUCAUCAAAGUCAACCGAGACAGAGAAACUCAUCACCGCAGGCUCCACCUGCACCGCCGGGCCUCUCGUCCUCCUCUUCUGCAAGAGGCCACGAGAUCGCCCUCCACCGCAACCCAACGUCUACCCGUCGCAGCAACAUCUCCCCUCAAGAAAACGGCCACGAGAUCCAGAUAGUUCGACGGAAUCGAGGCGGUUCGAGGGUAAGCCAGCCCAGCGGCCCCGCUUUGCCGCAGGGGCACCAGCUGCCGUCACGUCUGGGGAACGGCGCCGCCUACAGGCAGAGGCAAGAGGCGAUGAGGAGCAGCACCAACAGGCAGCAGCAGUCUGAGAGGAGGAGCGAGAGGCAUCAGCAGUACAGUGGGAACCAUGUUGAACCAGAUCCAGCUUAUCCACAUGUGGGCCCGGAGACUGAUUCACACAACACGCAGUGGUCUGAGCGGGUUCAGCUGGAGGAGGCCCGUCUACGGCCCGUGCUCUCCGGCAGCAACAGGGGACUGGUGACAGAAGGAGUGCUGGAAGUGAAGCAUGCUGGGAGGUGGCGUCACGUUUGCUCCCACGGCUGGGACCUGAGCAGCAGCCGUGUUGCGUGUGGCAUGUUAGGAUUCCCCGCUGCAGAAGCGUUUGACCAAAACGCCUACAGGAAACUCUGGGACUCCAAGGUAGCUGAUCCCUCCUCCAGGCUGAGAGCGCAGAUCGGGAAGAAGGCUUACUGGGUGGAGAAGGUGCAGUGCAAGGGUGUGGAGGCGUCUUUGUCCAAGUGCCAGGUCCAGCUGUCCCUCCCGAGGAACGAUGUCCCGUGCAGGGGGGGCAUGCACGCCGUGGUCCGCUGUGUCCCCGGGUCCCAGUUCGCCCGCUACGGCAGCGCGCCUGCACCGCCCGCCGUGCCGUCCGCCGUGCGCCUGAAGGCCGGGCCCCGGCUCGGGGAGGGCCGCGUGGAGGUCCUCCGAGAGGGAAAGUGGGGCACCGUGUGUGACCACCUGUGGGACGUGCCCGCCGCCAGCGUGGUGUGCAGAGAGCUGGGCUUUGGAACGGCCAAGGAGGCCCUGACCAGGGCUCAUCUGGGACAAGGUACCGGCCCCAUCCACAUGAACAGCGUCCAGUGCACCGGCCGAGAGCGCUCCAUCACCGAGUGCAACCACAGGCCGGUGCCGCUGUACAGCUGCAAACACAACCAGGACGUCGCCGUGCGCUGCAACGUCCCCAACACCGGCCUGCAGGCCACGGUGCGUCUGGCCGGAGGCCGGGAGCCGGCUGAAGGCCGUGUGGAGGUGCUGAUGGAGGUCGGCGGGGUGAAGCGCUGGGGCUCCGUCUGCAGUGAGAACUGGGGCCUGAACGAGGCCAUGGUGGUCUGUCGGCAGCUGGGUCUGGGCUUCGCUGCUCGGGCUCAUCAGGAAACCUGGUACUGGCCCGGGUCGUCGGACGCCGCCGAGGUGGUGCUCAGCGGGACUCACUGCACCGGCACCGAGAUGUCCGUCCAGCAGUGUCGCAGGAACACAAACGUCUACUGUCCCAGAGGGGGGGACGGCCGGGCUGCAGGAGUCACGUGUGUGGAGACUGCUCCCGACCUUGUGCUGGACGCCCAGCUGGUCCAGGAGACGGCCUACCUGGAGGAUCGACCUCUCCACCUGCUGACCUGCGCCAAUGAGGAGAACUGUCUGUCGUCCUCCGCUGCCAGGAUGAACUGGCCCUACGGACACCGCCGCCUGCUGCGAUUCUCCUCCCGCAUCAUGAACAUGGGCCGCGCCGAUUUCCGUCCCCGGGCCACCAGAGAAAGCUGGGUAUGGCACCAGUGUCACAGGCACUAUCACAGCAUUGAGGUGUUCACCCACUACGACCUGCUCACCCUCAACGGGACGAAGAUCGCUGAAGGUCACAAAGCCAGCUUCUGUCUGGAGGACACCUACUGCCCCGAAGGUCUCCAUAAGCGGUACGCCUGCUACAACAUGGGGCAACAGGGCAUCUCCGUUGGCUGCUGGGACACCUACCGCCACGACAUAGACUGUCAGUGGAUCGAUAUCACAGACGUACGGCCCGGUGAAUACAUCUUUCAGGUGGAGGUCAACCCGUCCUUGGACAUGGCUGAAUCCGACUUCCAGAACAAUGUGAUGCGCUGUCGGUGCAAGUACGACGGAGCGCGGGUUUACAUGUUCGGGUGCCACGCCAGUGAUGCUUACAGCGCGGAGGUGGAGGACUUGUUCGACCACCAACGUCAGAUUUCCAACAAUUUCCUGUGAAUUAGGGAACACGCAGAUUUAGGAACAGAACAACUGUACAACUCCUGACUACACCUCGACAUGUCGGAGGGAGGAGAGCAAAUGACAAUGACAUGCCAAUAAAUAGUGAGACGAGAGCCAGCGAGAGCAGGGAGGAAAAUGGGAAGUGUUUUGGGAGGGAAUGGAGGGACUGGAUGCAUAAAUGUCUAAUCCCUUAACUGACUGAUUGGCAUCAGUAGUUUUUGUGGCGGUUAGAAAGUCAAAGUGAGAAAAGGAAAAAAAAUGUCAAAAAGGAACAAAACAAUGUCACCAUGAAAAGAAGAAAAUUUUGAUUAGUUCACACCUUUCAAAUACUUGAUUUUUUUUUUUUUUUUUAAGAAAUUAAAUUACCUAGAUUGAAACAUGACCACAGUUGUAAAAGUAACGAUAUGAAGGCACACGAGAACAACUUUUUAAGUACAUCGCCCGGCUUUCACUCAUGUACUGUCAACACAGGCAACAGAUGAUCCGAAAUAAACUCUGUAUGUGCUUCCUGUGCUUUCACUGUUCACGUUACAACCUGCAGUAUUUACUGUUGUAGCUGUAUGGUUUUUGCUUCUGAAUGAGAUUUUUUUUUUUUUUUUUUUAAAUUCAUGGUGCUAUUUUUGCCUUUUUUGAAUAAAUAUUGUAAUGUAUUGCAAAUGUAUUGUCAUGUACAGUUUUAUAUUACCUCUCUGGAAUAUUGUUCUUUAGGUCUCUAAUUUAUGCAGAAUUUCAAUGUACUUUUGAGUUGACACUUGUUUGUAUUGUUAAUUUUAUUAUGACAACUAUUUCCACCCUGUUUGUUCUUUACAUGUUUAACAUUGGUACCAACAGAUGAAAUCUGGUUGCACCACGGUAUUGCGCUUAACAGCACUUGGUAACGGUAGUGAAAGAAUAAAUGUCAGAUUGACAAACUGUAUGGUCAUUUGAGGUAUGAUUAUUUGACUGCAGACAUUUUGAAUGCAGAUCCAAACAAAGUGUAAUGUUACAGCUUCUGCAGGAGAUUUGAGGAAUCUGCUAAAAGAGAUUCUUGUAUUUAAGUGGGCUGUCUCAAAACAAAAAUAAACCGACCCCAAAACAGCUGUUCAGUUUACGCAUCGCCUCCUGAGUCAGUUCGUGGAAAAUCAGCCAAGGCCUCCGACUGAUGCUGUUUACUUUAAAAUAAAAAUGAAGAAAUAACCAACACUCUGUGUGCAAAGUUUUGAUCACUCAAGACUAAGAAAGACGCUUGU